UUUACUAUUUAUAACCCUCAUAAAAUCCAAAUUAAGGCCCAUUUUCUCUCUCAUCAACACUAACCAGCAACCAUUCCACAUUCUCUGACAACAUCCUCCGAGUUAAGCAACUCAACUCGCUACUCAGAAAUGUCUUCCUUCCCUGAUGAAUUCGGGCCCGACUCAAACCCAUCCGGCUCGACUCACCCCUUCGAAGACGAAGAUGGCUACGUUGCUGUUGAUGGCUACUCCAGUUUCGUCGAUUCCGAGUCAAUCAAGGAAUCGGUUGAUGACUCGGUGGUUUUCAAUGAUAGCAACGAUGACGUUUUUGGAUCUAAUGGAAAUUCGGUUGAUGAUGGAGUUUUUGUUGACGUGAAUGGUCCGGUGUUGCCGCCGCCUUCGGAAAUGCAGGAGGAAGGGUUUGCUCUUCGUGAAUGGCGGAGACAAAACGCUAUUCGACUGGAAGAGAAGGAGAAGAAAGAGAAAGAAAUACUGAGCCAGAUCAUUGAGGAAGCAAAUGAGUACAAAGUUGCCUUCCAUGAAAAGAGAAAGCUUACAUGUGAAAACAAUAAAAACAACAACAGAGAGAAAGAGGAGUUAUUUCUGGCCAAUCAUGAGAAGUUCCACAAGGAGGCAGACAAGAAUUACUGGAAGGCAAUAGCAGAGCUCAUUCCUAAUGAAGUUCCUGCUAUACAGAAAAGAGGAAAGAAAGAGCAAGAAAAGAAGCCUUCUAUUGCUGUGAUCCAAGGACCAAAGCCUGGGAAACCGACUGACCUUGCAAGGAUGAGGCAGAUACUUGUGAAGCUGAAACACACUACUCCUGCCCAUUUAAAACUUGCCUCACCACCUGCAGAUGCUAAGACCAAUGGAACAACUUCUAGUGCUGAGCCCUCCAAGACUGCAGCUGUUGAAACCGCCCCAGAAGCUGUAGUCGCUGCAUGAUGACUAAUUUAUGUUAAAUGUCUUUGUAUUAUAUCUGAGGAUAUGAUGGUUGAGCCCUUACAAUGUUGAUAUAGCGUCAUAGACUGUGUAUAUUGAUGCUGCAUAAUUCUAGGCUUGACCCGUUAGAAACUCUUGACAAGUAAAUUAUGAGGUAGAAUAUAAGACAUGAGAUUUAUUGUUAGGUGUUUUGAUAUGUUCGAAAUCUUUAGACCAAAGCUACAUUAUUCAAAUUCUAUUAGCUUUUAAUCUCAACCUCCGUCAUUAUAUA